AUGCGGAGUAUGGUCUCUAUCGAAGACCUUGAAUGUAUCGCGGAGAAGUUGCCUCUCAUCGGUUGCGGUCUUCUCGACCUUGAGUGCCAAUGCAACUCCAAAAACUCGACCGCAAUCCUGCAACCGUGCUUGCUGGACAGAUGCACGUUUGACCAGACGUUUGAAAUCCUUCAAGCACAAGCCGAUCUCUGCAAUCGGCCACACGAUUCGUACACACGGCUCAUGAUGGUCACAGCAUAUGUAACAGGCAUAAUACCUGUCGUCGCUGUUGCUAUGCGCUUUGCAUCGCGAUGGGUUGGUGGUAAUCAUUUCUGGUGGGACGAUUGGGUCCAUCUUGCAUCAGCUAUUUUGUGCAUUCCGCUCAUGGUCUGCUUCAUACUCAACGUUGAUGCAGGUGUCGGCAAGCAUCUUUGGGACUUGACGUAUCAGCGUGUGUACGACAUUGGGCUGUGGACCUACAUAAUCACCAUCCUCUGGGCAGUGGAGAUGUUACUACUCAAAUACAGCAUAUUAUGCUUGUACCUCCGCAUCUUCCCGAAUGUAUGGUUGAAGCGCGCUGUCUUUGCCUUCAUGGCUUUUACAGCUUGCUUCACACUUCCCCUCAUCUUCACAGCGGCUAUCCGGUGCAAUCCGGUCCGUGCCCAGUGGGAUCUCGAAGCUGCAAAGACAGCAAAGUGUCUCGACUGGCUCAUCAUACUGAAGCUUUCAGUUGUCUACGAGAUCAUUGCAGAGGUCGUCCUGUUCGCCCUUCCCGUUCCGAUCGUACUCAAGCUGCAAAUGGCGGCAUCAAAGAAGAUCGAGCUCCUCAUGUUCUUUGGUGUCGGUUUGCUUCUCAUCGGUGUCGCAAUCGCACGUGUGCCCUUCUUGAAGGGUGUUGUGGAUCAAAGCGACCAGACCUACACCAUCGUCGCUUCGUCCAUGAGUACCUUUAUCGCUAGCAGCCUCGGCCACUUUUGUGCUGCCGUCCCCACAGUACAGGCGUUAAUAAGAUUCAUGAUAAAUGGCUUCAAGAACAAGACUCAGGCACCCUCAAGCUAUGGCCAGAGUGGUCCGUCAUACGAAUCAAGCAAGAAGAAGAGCUACAGGUCGUUGGAAGACAAGAAGAGUACAGGCUCAAGCUAUUCGGGCGCCACAUUCAAGGUAUCGAAGCAACGAAGCAAAGACGGCGGCAAGGACCCCUACAGACUCUCAACACAGAACUUCACGAGGUUCGAUUGUGAUGGCGAUAAUGUAGGUGAAGAUCGCUCCAUGGAGCUGCAACCAGUGGACACCUUCGUCACCAAGCACAACUCCGGUCAGGCGGGAGAGUCGCGGGAUCAUAACAGCCGAGAACAACCCGUCACCGUUGUGGUGUCCAGUUCUGUUCUUGAGGAUUCAGCGUCCGACAAAGCUAUACUUGACAGGGAGUACGUAAAGAGUACGUGA